AUGAAUUUUGAUUUGAUUUAUUUCGGUUUCAGUUGGAAACUACGAGCUAUCGUUCAUUUCAAACACCCGAAAAAGACUUUCACUAAUGCAACAGGCGUCGGCGAAGUAACAACGUGGGAUCUUGUUGAUGAUACUGGUUCGAUCAACUUAGUAGCGUUUAACAUUCAGUCAAACAUGAUGACCAAUACGUUGAUUAUUGGAAAGUGUUACGAGAUGUCUCAUCUGUCGAUAAAAACAGUUGAUCAUGUGUAUAAAACCUUGUCCAAUGACGUUCAACUUGUCGCAACUUCUCGUACAUAUGCUCAUGAAGUUGUCUCGAAUUUCACAUAUGAACCAGUUGCUAAUUUUGUCACAUUGCAAGAAAUCGAAAGUUUACCAUUGAAUUCAAUCGUUGAUGUUAAUAUACAAGUUUUACGUGAUUAUGGUACAACAACUGGAUUUUCUAAUAAUUAUUCAUGGAGUCGACGCGAAAUUCACGUCGGACAAAAUGGUGUUGCUAUUCGAAUGACUCUCUGGAAUGAUCAAGCAAAGCAAGUUUCAUCUAGUAUGGUUAACCUAAGAAUCAAAUGCAAGAAUGUCAAAAUCAGCUGGUUCAACGGAUCACGUACACUGAUUUCAUUACCAAAUAGUCAACUGAUUAUAUCUCAAUGA